AUGAUAAAAAUUUGGUUAGCUGAUACUGUCAUUAUUUCAAUAUUUCAGCUUCCUAAGAAAGUCCAACCCUGGAAUGGAAUACUGGAUACCACGAAGAACACAAGAAUAUGUUAUCAAAUGAUUUCCAAAUAUAGCAAUCUUGAAAUCAAGGAAGAUUGUUUGUAUAUGAAUAUUUAUACACCGGUGAAACCUGGAAGUAAUUCCAGAGGGUUACCAGUUCUUCUAUGGAUCCACGGUGGAGGUUAUACUGCUGAGUCUAGCACAUUUGAAUAUUCUAGUCCGAAAUAUAUCAUGGAUCAGGGUGUGGUAGUAGUAACAUUCAAUUACAGAUUGGGGCCCUUCGGAUUCACCACAACUGAUGAUGGGGUUAUCCCAGCUAACAUCGGGUUGAAGGACCAAAGAUUAGCACUUGAAUGGGUUAGUGAAAACAUUCAUUUGUUCGCAGGGGAUUCGAACAAAAUCACAAUUGUUGGGGAGAGUGCAGGUUCUUUUUCUGUAGGUCUACAUAUAUUAGGACAAAGCAACGAAGAAAAAGCACUCUUUCGGGCUGCCAUCAUGCAGAGCGGCUCACCCACUGAAGGGAUUAUCCAGAAAAAUCCCAGAGAGAAUGCAUUCAGUUGUGGACGUGUUUUGAAUGGAAACUUUUCAUCGAAUGAAACAAGUGAUCUACUCAAGGUAUUACAGGAGGCUUCGGCAGAAAAU